CAAACCUUAAGAAGAAUGUGCUACCUUACUAUCAAAGAGAUGGCUAACAUUUCUGAGGAUGUCAUCAUUGUCACCAGCAGUUUGACCAAAGACAUGACUGGGAAGGAAGAUGUAUACCGAGGCCCGGCUAUUAGAGCUCUCUGCAGAAUCACUGAUGGUACAAUGUUGCAGGCCAUCGAGAGGUACAUGAAGCAGGCCAUUGUGGAUAAAGUCCCCAGUGUAUCAAGUUCGGCUCUAGUGUCUUCCUUA